AGGGAUCCUGGGAAAGAGAAAGGCAGGGAGAGCCAUUUUUGCUUAGAGCAGAAGCAAACAAAAAUGGAAAGAGCUUGUCCUUGAACUUUGUUUACAGCAUAACUAAAUGUACUUUUUUGUUGCAUUAUUCGGCAAUUAAGAUCUGUCGCAUCUAACUAUCGUCUCUUUGAGAAAUUGUCUUUGCACCAGUCUUCUAUUGUAUCAUCUGACAUGGGAGCUGAUAAACGGGUCAGUCGCACUGAGCGUAGUGGCAGGUACGGACCGGACCAGUCCCGCGACGAAUCCGAGUGGAGGGACCGGCGGGAGAGGGACCCGGAGCGUGAAUAUGAGGCCAGGCGCUGGGGCGAUGAGAGGCGUGGCGACCGCUACGACGGGGAGCGCAGGGGCUGGGACAGCCCCGAGCAGAGAGACCGGAAGCGACGCAACAGUGACAGGUCUGAAGAUGGCUACCACUCUGACGGCGAUGAGCUGGACUACAGAGGAGAGAUGGGCGAGGAGCAGGAGAGCAAGACCAUCAUGCUCAGGGGCCUGUCGCUUCAUGUCACCGAGGCAGAGGUCCGGGCUGCUCUAGACCUGCUGGAGGGACCCCAGCCUGCAGACGUCCGUCUGAUGAAGAAGAGGACAGGUAUAAGCCGAGGGUUCGCCUUCGUGGAGUUUUAUCACUUGCAAGAUGCGACCCGAUGGAUGGAGACCAAUCAGAACCUGCUGAUGAUCCAGGGCAAGAAUGUGGCCAUGCACUACAGCAACCCCCGCCACAAGAAGACAGGAAUUGAAGACUGGCUCUGCAACACUUGUGGCCUGUACAAUUUCCGAAGAAGGCUGAAGUGCUUCAGGUGUGGAGCAGCAAAAGUUGAGUGCGAGACCACCAGCCCUCCGGGAGCUCCAGAGCCCCAGCAAACUGGAGAUUACUACGGCGACACGAUCAUUUUGAGGAACAUCGCCCCGCUCACCACGAUAGAGGCCAUUAUGGCGGCGCUGGCACCCUACGCCAACCUGUCGGCGAGCAACAUCCGGCUCAUUAAGGACAAGCAGACGGGACAGAACCGCGGCUUUGCCUUUGUGCAGCUCUCGUCCCCUCUGGAGGCUUCCCAGCUUCUCAUGAUUCUCCAAGGACUGCAGCCGCCACUCAAACUGGAUGGGAAGACCAUCGGUGUGGACUAUGCCAAGAGCGCCAGGAAGGAUCUGCUCACGCCGGACGGGAACCGCAUCAGUGCCUUCUCUGUGGCCAGCACUGCCAUCGCUGCGGCCCAGUGGUCCUCCAGCCAGCCUCAGCAGGGCACGGAGGCACGCUCCGAGUACAGCUACCUGCAGGAGGGCUACAUGCCCUAUGCCCAGUACGGUCAGGAUUACCAAGCCUACUAUCAGCAGCCUGGAGUAAUGGAUCCUGCACAAGGGACCGGCUUACUGGGAGCUGCCCCUGGGGUGAAGAUCCUCCCUGCCGCUGCAGGUGUGGUGGUGUCUCAGAGUGCCCAGGUCUACCAGCCCCACAUCGUCAGCCAGCCCGUCACACAGGCUGCCCAGCACACUGAGGCAUUGGCUCAGUCUACAGGCGUCGUGGCAACCGCAUCUGCAACCACCUCAGCUACUACGGCAACCGCCACCGCAACAGCCGCAGCUCCAGCCUCCGACGGCAAAAUCGCAGUUCCCGACACAUCUACCUACCAGUACGACGAGGCCUCCGGGUAUUACUAUGACCCACAAACUGGGCUCUACUAUGAUCCAAACACUCACUAUUACUACAACUCCCAGACUCAGCAGUACCUGUACUGGGAUGGUGAGAAGCAGGCAUACGUACCUGCGGCCAGUGGCACCGCCGCCGCACAGGCCUCAAACUCUACCUCAGGAGGCACCGCCACCAAGGAGACCAAAGAGGCCAAGGAGAAGAAGGAGAAGCCAAAGAGCAAGACUGCGCAGCAGAUUGCCAAAGACAUGGAGCGCUGGGCGAAGAGCCUGAACAAGCAGAAGGAGAACUUUAAGAGCAGCUUCAACCCCGUGAGCCAGGAGGAGAGGAAGGAGGCGGCCGCGGCCGAUGCCGGCUUCAUCCUCUUUGAGAAAAAGCAGAGCGGCGUACUGGAAAAGCUGCCCGUUCCUCUGCCACUGCAGGUCCCCGAGACCACCAAGCCUGGAGAGGACGACAGCGCUUGCGGUCUGGUGGCGGCGUACAGCGGCGACAGUGACCCGGAGGAGGCGGAGUCUGAGCGGGGUGAGGAUGGGCUGGACAAGCUGACGGACUGGAAGAAGAUGGCCUGCCUGCUGUGCCGCAGGCAGUUCCCCAACAAGGACGCGCUGGUGCGCCACCAGCAGCUCUCCGAUCUGCACAAGCAAAACCUGGAAGUUCAUAGAAGAUCCAAUAUGACUGAAUCAGAGCUGGAGGACAUGGAGAGGAAGGAAAGUGAGAUGAAAUACAGAGACCGGGCAGCUGAAAGGAGGGAAAAGUACGGCAUCCCGGAACCUCCAGCACCAAAGAAGAAGAAAUUUACCCCUCAGCCGCCACCUGUCGUGAAUUACGAGCAGCCCACAAAGGACGGCCUGAACAGCGACAACAUCGGCAACAAGAUGCUGCAGGCCAUGGGCUGGCAGGAGGGCAAGGGCCUGGGCCGCAACCAGCAGGGCAUCACCGCGCCCAUCCAGGCACAGCUGAGGAUGAAGGGCGCGGGCUUGGGGACGAAGGGCAGCAAUUACGGCCUGUCUCCUUCCGAGACCUACAAGGACGCCGUGCGCAAGGCCAUGUUCGCUCGCUUCACCGAGAUGGAGUGAGCCCGUCGCCUCCAGCGCCAGACGGCCCCUCCCGGCCCAAAGUCCGAGCUCUCUCUGCAGAGAGCUCGGACGCCCAUUGAUUUGCCUUCUCACGCGAACGGCUGCCCGCCCGUCCUUCUGAGCCACGUCCCUCCCGGAGCCUACCAGCGGAGAUGAGACGGUUGCCAUGGUUGCUUUGGGGAAAGACGGCAGCUCUGUUUCCGGGAGAUAACGGAAGACAUGGCGCCGGUCUCAUUUCCGCGGCAGCUGCCGGUAAAGGGCUGCUCCUGCCCGUGGGCUCGGCAGUCUGAACGUUUUGAGAACGAUGGACACUCGUCUGUUUCUCAGGUGGAGCGAGAGCAGUUUGUAUGUAAUUUAAUGUAUGUAUGUUUCCUUGCAUAAAAGAACUUUCUUUAUCCUCUGUGAAUUGGUAUCGAUAGCAUUUUGUGUCCAUGUUCAAUAAAUUGUACAGUUUGUAAGAUACAUUUUUUUUUUGUACAGACAAAAUAAAUUGAGUGGAAACGUU